AAAUGAGUUGUAAGGCUCUUCAUAAAUAUGGUAUAUUUAAGUAACUGUCAAGGCAAGCGUUUUUCUCUUAUUAUAGAUUCCAAAUAUGACACUGAUACAGAUAAGCACACAUACCAUUCCAUACGAGGCUGCUCUGCCACUCUCUCUUCCUAACUAACCGUUUCACUUCACUUUGCUUCCAAAAUGGAUUCUUCUCUACACACUCUCCCCACCAAAACCAGCUUCUUCUUCAAAACCCACUUCUCUACUACUCCUCUCUAUAUAUAUGUGUGUCCAGACCCUCUACUGGCUGUGCCAUUUUCACUCUCAUUUUCCCAACAUUAGUUACUCUUUUCCCUUUUUGAAUCCAAAAACCUUUCUGGGUUUUCUUCAUUUUUCUCUUACCAAUGGAUAGGGAUGUUCUCAGGCAGCAGCUCUCUGAAUUUAUGACUUCCAUGGAGCUAGAGGGCUAUGUGGAUUUUCAUUUCAACAUUUCCUACUCAGUGAAGAGAAUGGAUGGUCCAUUCUCUUUUAUAGAGCUCCUGAACAAUUUUCGCAGUGACUCUCAAGCUACCUUAAGAGCUAUGACACAAACACUGGAGCAACAAGAUCUGAAUUUUGAUGAUUUGGAACAGCAUUGUCUCAAGCUCAAAGGGAGUACUGCAUGCAUUGGUAUACAUCGUAUGGCACUUGCUUGUGGCGAUAUGAUGAAUGCUAUUGCUCGUGGAUCCAAAGAAGAGUGCAUUUUGAUAUUACAUCACAUGAAGCAACUGUUUCAAGUUCUGCAAGACAAGUUUGAUAUCAUUUGUCAGCUUGAGAGGAGAAUCAACGAGCCAAUGCCAAAUGCAUGAAAGAUGAAAACUGUGUUGCGAGGCGGUGUCAUGGAAAGGGGUCUAGAAUGUGGUUCGAACCGUUUGAAUCUAAUUUCAUGUUAUGAAAACUUAAUUAUCUUUAUCCUUAUGUGUGCUAUUUUCCUUUUGUUUGUUGGUGUCAAGUACGCCUAAAGACUUUUGUUGUUGUUUUGUUAACAGUUAAUCUAUGGUUCCCCCUUUCAUCUUUAUUUUUGUUUUUGUAUAAUGUUUGCUGAAAUGGUAGACUCAAGUUGAAAGCUUUACAAAGAAA